AAAACGUGAACUUUGUGAAACAGUCGUCAGUUGAGUUUCCACCUUCAAAGAGUUCUCUUGGAAAAGCGCGCGCGGAAAAUCCAAGAUAUCCGGUUCCGGCAUAGAUUUUUGGUUGAUUACCAAAGAGAGGGAUAGUGAGUGAGAAAAGGGGUUUUUGAAAAAUACAGAAAAAAUCAUAGAAGUCCCAUAAAACAGUGAAAAUCAAGUGCAAAGUGAACAUAUAAAAUGCGAUUUUUAAAAGUUAAAUAGAAGAAAAAAAAAUUUAAUAAUUCUCCUAAAAACUUCUGUUAUAUGAAUUGCAUACGAAAGACUUGCCAUCAGGUAAAAUUUCCCGAAAUUAUCCACUUAUCAUCUCAAAAGUGAAUGUUCCGUGGUAAUAAUGCCGUCUCUCGGUGUCUUGGGACACGAUUCCGGUGUGCGGAAGCAAACUUUUGGUGAAAAACAUGGCCGAAAUAGUGAGGGAGGAAAAGCAGACAGUGGUCUGGUCAGUGUGUAUUUGUUACUGGUGAUUAUCGUGUUUCUCCUAUUCUCGAUCUUCACAUUUUUCCUGUACAUUCACGUUAAUCAACUGGCGAAUAUUUCGGUUUUCCGGGAGAACCUCAGGAGUGAUGAGGCUGUAGCUGAUAUCCAAGAGAUUGCUAGAGAGAUUUUCAGAAGAGAAUUUCAGGAACAGAGAUUCUGGAAUGAGCUGAAUCAACAAGAAAGUCUGCAAGAUGAAACAAGAGUGAAGAAUGAGAGGAAAUUAGCUAGAGAGCGUCGAAGUACGAAUCUGAUGGCCGAAAAUGUGGUAUUUGGCAAUCCAGGUGAGCCAUCUGGUCCAGAGGUGGAAUUCUUCAAUCCCAAGCUCAAGCACGAGCUGGAGAAAAAAGAUGUGGAAGUUAUGAAGAAAACAGGAUUAAAGGGGGCGGCUCCAGGUGGUGACUCUUGGGUCUGGUUGACAAGCUAUUCUCGUAUUCCGUAUGAAGCUAUCACAGGUUUCUGCCGGGCUACCAAAGAAUAUUGUCCUCCAGGUCCUCCUGGAUUGCCGGGUGUUCCUGGUCCAAAAGGCAAUCGGGGUGAUGUUGGAAUACCUGGACCACCGGGACUUGAUGGUCGUGAGGGAAAACCCGGCGCAAGAGGGCCCAAGGGAGAACCUGGCUUUCCAGGAAAUUCAGGCCUUGACGGAAGAGAUGGUGUUCCUGGAGAACCUGGACUCGAUGGCGUCCCGGGACGAGCUGGAGCCGAUGGAAUCCCCGGAAAGGAUGGCAAGGAUGGUAUUCCCGGUCUUGAUGGGCGUAACGGCGAAAACGGCAAGGAUGGACUUCCUGGACCAAUGGGACCUCCUGGACCAACAGGAUCACCUGGAACUCAAGGACUUUCUGGACCUCGUGGACGUCCUGGAAAACCUGGUACAAAUGGAACCCCUGGAAUUCCCGGCAUAAAUGCGUGGAAAGUCAAAGUUAAUGGCUCAUUUUCCAGUGAAUUGCUCAUUCCGCCAUCAAUUGCAGGGUCAGAAACCAUGGAAUCUGCUAAGCCGGUGAUUGUCCAUGAAGGUGACCAUUUAAGACUUCGAUGUGCAGCCACAGGAACCCCAAAACCACAUGUGGAGUGGCGCCGAGAAGAUCGUCUGCCAAUUUCUGUGGGAUCCUGGCAAGCAUCAUCGAUGACUGGUCAUACGCUGAAUAUCACAAAAGUCAAUAGGGUCCACAUGGGUGCCUACCAAUGCCUGGCCGACAAUGGUGUUCCUCCUGCAGCCAAUGCCACAUUCUUCAUAGAAGUUCACUUUGCUCCACUGAUUCGUGUCAGGAACCAAGUGGUUUAUGCUUCAAAUGGCUCCCAUGCGAUCCUGGAGUGUGAGAUUGAAGCUUUUCCAGAAGCUAUUAAGUAUUGGGAAAAGUUUCCUGAAGGAAAACUCCUAGAACAUGGAAGACGUUACAGAAUAGAAUCACAUAUCGAUGGCUACAAAUCCACUAUGAGACUCAACAUGACCGUAAUGCAUUCUCAAGAUUAUGGAGAAUAUCACUGCAUCAGCAAGAAUGAAAUGGGAAUUACAAGAGCUGUUUUUCAUGUUCAAGAUCGCAAUCCUUAUAUUAUCCGUCCUCUGCCUGAGCAUACAGAAGUGGCCGUGUUUGGAACGAUGCCUCCCAAAAAGGAAUCUCUGGAUGACCUAUGUCCACCACCACCUCCCCCCUGCCCAGAUUGUCCUGACCCCAAAGAUUUCAAGUGUAAAGAUACGAUUGUGUCGCUAUUUGAUUUGAUUGGUGGACAUCUGAGCAUCACAGCCACUGGGAAUAGAAGUUAUCCAGGAUUGCCAAACAGAACAAUGGACUGUGUCUUGUAUGCUGUGGGAAAGCCUGUGUACCACAAAUUUACUGAGCAAAAUUAUGGGGCAUGGCUUAAGGAUCCUACACCCAAAAAUGACAUUGUUGGAGAGAAGAUUUGGGCUACAAAGGAAAAUGAUAGUUUCAGACUCUAUGAGUAUGCCAAUAAAGCCGUCUAUAGGAAUAAUAUUGCGACUAAAAGUUACCGGUUGGAAAGGCCAUUUCAGGGAAAUACUCAUGUUGUUCUCAAUGGGUCUUUCUACUACAAUGAGAAAAAUCAACCACGGAUCAUCCGCUAUGAUCUCUCAGUUGAGCGUCAAGUGGCCUUUCGGGAUAUUCCGGAUCUUAUGGCUAAUUCCUCUGGGCAUCUCUAUACGACAGAACACAACUCGGUGGAUUUCAGUGUAGAUGACAAUGGAUUGUGGUUGAUCUAUGCCACUGCAGGAUCCAAUAAUACUCUCGUAGCUAAGUUAGAUGCACAAAACCUGGACAUUCUCUAUAGCUGGAACAUCAGCGUAAAUCAUCGUCGUGUUGGGGAGAUGUUCAUCGUCUGUGGUGUUCUAUAUGCCAUUGAUUCAGUCACUGAACGCAAUACAAAGAUCCGAUUAGCCUUGGAUCUCUACCAUGGGAAGCUGUUGGAUGUCAAUCUGGCCUUCACAAAUCCCUUCCGCAAGACGACUACCGUGGGAUACAAUCACAGAUCGAAGGAACUUUAUACCUGGGACAAGGGAAAUCAACUCACUUAUCCUAUUCGCUAUCACGAAAUUGGGUACAAUGCCUCGUCGGCGGAGAAGGCAGAUGAUCUUAGUGCUCAGCUUCAGACGGGAGUUGAUGUCUUUCACGAUAGUGGAUCUGAAUAAAUAAACUUUUACUAUGACCAAUGGAAAGA